AGAUUAAUGACUGAAUAAAAAGUAAUUUCUAUCUUUGAUUUUGGAAAAACCAGGAAUAAAUUUUGGUAAACAUGUGAUAAAUCUGUAUUGGACGUAACCCAUUUCAUUUUAUAACAAGUCUCAAACAUUUUUAGUUGAAUAAGAAUUUUUGACUGCAGGCAAAGUUAGUGUCAAACCCAUCUUCAUAGUACUUGGAUUGGAAUACAUUUAUAAAGUAACUGUCGACAAAUUGCAAUGUGCACCUCUCCUCACUACUCAUUUGACAUACAUUGAACCAGGCGCUGAUCAUUUUGUUUAAUUGAAUUCUGAUGAGCAACUGUAUGGAUUCAGAUUGCAAUACUAAACCAAGACAUUAGAGAUCUUUCUAGCUGAUAAGUCUGUUUAUGAUUAAUGGAGAAUCCAUCUUCGAAAAAUUUGUCUGCUUGAGAAUUUCCAUGAUGCUUACAUGGUCUCUAAAUUGAUUGGAAAAGGAAGUUUUGCCAAAGUAUAUCUUGCCACCAGAAAAGACAACAACACUUAAUAUGCUAUCAAAGCUUUUAGCAAAUCAUUUAUGCAACAAUAACACAAAGGAAUUGAAAGUCUCUUGAAUGAAAUGAAAGUGAUGAGGAAAUUAAACCACCCAAAUAUUGUCAAAUUGCAUGAAGUACACGAAACAGCUAAUUCUGUUUAUUUUGUGGUUGAUAUUGUGGCAGGAGGAGAACUCCUUUAAAGAGUUAGAGAAACAGGUAUUGUAAAAUAUAAAUUCUUUAGGUUUUUUACCUGCUGAAACAUUAUAAAGACUGGCCUACAACCUGUUAUCCGCUUUAAAUCAUAUGCAUCAAUUCAAUGUUGCGCAUAGAGAUCUUAAACCCGAAAAUCUUCUACUUAAAUCUUAUGAUAAUAAUCAUGAAAUUAUCUUAGCAGAUUUUGGAUUGGCAGCAUUGUUGUAGGAUGACAAUAUUUUAUUUAAAAGAUGUGGUACUCCUGGAUUUGUAGCCCCAGAAAUUCUGGAAUAUAUUGAUGGCCAAUAAUUUUAUGAUGAAAAAUGCGAUGUUUUUAGUGCUGGAAUUAUCUUGUAUCUAUUGAUUGUAAGCAAUUUCAUUAUCUUUAGACUGGAGGGUAGCCAUUCACAGGUAAAGAUUAAAAAGCCAUUUUGAAGGCAAAUAAGGAUUGCAUCAUAGAUUUUGAUGAUUCCUUAUUUAAAUCUGCUCCUAUAUAAAUGUAGGACUUGAUACGAUCCAUGUUGUUAAAGAAAUCUUAAGAUAGAUUGAGUUCGAGUGAGGUAAAAAUUUACAUCAUCAAAUUAGUGUUUAAGACAUCCUUAUUUUAAAGAAUUAGCUAAGGAGCACCAAGUAAAAUAGGAAAAAUUUUCAAAUAAUUUAAAUGACUACAAUUAGUAAUAUAAGAAUAAUGUGAAAAUGGGGUCUAUUGAUCUGAGUCUAGAAUAGAGAUAGCCAGCAUUCACAGGAAAUUUGAAUUCGAUUGAAUCCAUAUCUUGUGUUUCUAAUAAUUCCUUCGCAAAAAUAGAAAUGAAGGCUCCUUCUGUGGUUGGAGCUUCAAAAUUUAGUUAAUAUAGCUCUAAACUAAAUAGAUUGGGAUCUAGAGAUAUAUCUGGUAAUUAGUUAACUUAAAUUUAUAGAUAUUCCAACAACUUAAUUAUAGAAAACAGAAUCAAAAAAGCAUAUUGAUUUACAUAGGAUUGCUAUACAAAAUUCACACAGAAAAUAGUUUUAAGAUUAAUUUGAGGAUUAACCUAUUUAAAUAGAAGGAUCGGAGGUCAGCGAGAUGGCAAGAUUGUAUAAUUCAACAAGAUAAAUUCGAAUUCCUGAAAACUUGCCAACCUUGUCUUAAUCUAGUAAAUAAGCAUCUACUCCAACUAAUAGAAACAAGAAGAUUCCUUGA